AUGGGUAAAAUCAAGAAAGUGUUGAAGGAUCGACAACGUGCUACCGUUUUUCCGAAUAACGAUGAUUCUUCUUUUAAACCUCCGCAAGAAUUCGUCGCCAGAAUUUAUAUUCUCGAGGACGUUUUAGAGAAAUGCUCCGCGUCGUCAUUAGAUAAGGACUAUUUCGACUUGAAUUCGAGUCAUUCCUGCAUGUACAUGUCAACGAGUUUGAGAAUCACUCUAGAACUGGAAACGGGAUGCAGAGCGAUCGUGCAGACGAUCAAGGAGGAGGAUGCGCGAUCGAGACCAUCGUCGAUGAACAUAGCAAUCUCCGAUCGAUCGGAGAUAACGCCGGAAGUUCUUGAAAAUUACUUAAAACUUCAUUCGAAGCACGAGCCACUGUUGCUCAAUUCGGAUGCGACGAUUUUACUCGACAACGGCGAACGAUGUGUCGUACAAAUGUUACCCACAGAUUGUCAUUACGCGACAAUAGAUGGGAAGGAUGUAGAAGAUCUGGUCGUUAUUGUUUCGCCCACGAAAUGGGCGAAUUCGAGUAACGAGGAAAUUUUGAAAAAUCGUCUCGAGGACAAUUCGAAGGCAGCGAAAAUUUCCAUGAGAUAUAUAGAGGACAUCCUUAAAGAUUGUGAGAUCGCGCUCGAUCUUAGCUUGGGCUUGCGACGACUUGCGGUGGACUUUCGGUAUGACCGGGAGAACGUUCUGAUCUGCGGUGACGUAGGUUCCGGCAAAACGACCAUCUGCAAAAUGCUAAUCGAACGUUAUCGCGAGCCACCGUGUUUCGUGCACGCGCAUGUAAUCGAUUGCAGGUCACUGAAAGGUAAUAUCGCGAUAAUAAUUUCCGCACAAUUAGUGCAAUUAACUGCGAUGUAUCGUGGCGAAUUUUGA